AUGAAGAAGAGCUCGGCGGGCGACGUCGACGUGGAGCUGCUCAAGGCGGUGGCGCAGGCGUGGCACGCGCAGUCGGGCAACCCGCGGCCGUCGCGGGCGUCGGAGACCAGCGGGGACGACAGCGACGCGCGGGAGGCCGUGGCCGCGGCGGCCGCUGCUCCGCCCCGCGAGACGGCGUGGGACUUCGCGCAGUCGCUGUUGGACACGUACGAGCUCGUCGCCGUGGCGCGGAGGCUCGAGUCCGGCCUCGUCAUCGCCGACCACGCCGCGGCCGCGGCGCUGGCCGUGCCGCCGCGGGAAGCAGGGAAGCGGGCCAGGGAGAGCAGGCGCAGCCUGAGGAGCUUGCUCCUGCGCUCCACAUCGAGGAGGUUCGAGGAACCGAAGAGCUAA